AUGUUGACUUUCAGUUCUACGAAAAACAAACCUCCUGCCGCCAUUCUCACUCAAAUUUCUUUGGUAUGCAAACGAAUCAACUUCGCUUUGGAACCACAAAUUUUGUCGGAGAUCACUCUAUGCUCGCCGAUGGACCUUGCGUCUCGAGUCGAGAGUCUGGUUACAACGGAACCAAAGCCAACGUCUGCCUCGAAAUAUGCAACCAAGCUUAGUAUAGGUCCCCUAUGUACCUCAUCAGAUCAGAACGAAGUUACGGAGGAAGAAGCCAAGAUUAAGUCGUUCCUGGUGCCCGCUAUUAGUUCUCUCGUUGGGGUUCGUCAAAUACUAUGGUAUGUGGGUCAAUACGACGCAGAGUGGGCAACUCUUCUAGUUCUAGAUGCCCUUGCAUCACUCCCGGUUCUGGAGGAUCUUCAUUUGAAUGUUUGGUCGCCUCCAGAUUCUCCUGUGCCAUUCCAGCGGCUGUCGAACCUCAAAAAUUUUACCCUUACCUCCGACUUCAGUAAUCACGUCGCAGUUAUUAGUACCGUCGCAGGACUUAUUGGACGGAAUCAGCCAGAGUUGACGAGUCUCACGAUUGUGGAUGAUGGCUACCACGCCGAUGGCGCGCCAACCCUCCAAGACUUUCUCGCAGAGACAUCCAGUUCAGUUUGCUUGAGAAUCACACAUCUCAAGUUGAGCGGCAUAAUUGCGAAAUUUGACGCUAGCGCACUACGCCAUUUGAGAUCGUUAAUCUCGCUCACCAUUGUGGACAUCUUUUCGCCCUAUGAUGAAACUACGGAAUAUCGGGGUGCCGACUUUUUGGCACAAAAAAUUUGGUCAACUUUGCAAUCAGAGAAAAUUUAUUUACAAGAACUUGUCACAGACGACGCCCAGCCUGCCUUGGUCGAAUACUUAACAUCAUUUUCUGGUCUUCGGCAUCUCAGGCUUAUUUCGACAUCAUCGCAUUUCACACCUCCAUGGGUGUCCAAUCAACUUGCGAUCCGCUAUUACGAACAAGGUCUCGAGAAUCAUAUCUCUUUUCUGGAGUCUCUUGAAGUUCGUUCAACUUAUGAAGGAAAGUGGUGUUUUGGAAACCAUUGUUCCAACUUGAUCAAGAAAGGCACACGCCUCACUCUUCUCGAAUUAUCCAUAAACUCAAGGGACAUUCCGGGUGGAGAAGAAGAGAUCCGCCAUUACGCGGAGUCCCCUACCAGACAAAAUGCAAUCUGGUCGCUUUUGGACAUAUGUGCAACUCUACCUGUUUUGAGAAGUCUAACGAUACGAAGCGCAUAUCCCGAAUACACUCGAGGAGAUAGGUUUGGGAGCGAGGCUACUAUGCAUCGUGCGAGGAUGAGGGUAUGGAUCGCGCAGAAUUUGGAAAGUUAUGGGCCCAUCACCCCCAAUCACGUGUUCGAUGUUUCUGCGCUUGGGACAAAAUACGCGGGUACCGAGCCAUUGCACCAAUUGAAGAAGAAAUUGAGUCAUAAUGCGAGUCUGUUGACGGGAAGGGAGGAGAAUUUGGUAAAGAAGCUUUGUGUCUCGAGGAGAUUUUGCGAUAGUGAUGUCCUGAGUGUAUCAAGAAUUGAGGCAGGUGCAUUCAUGACGUCACAAACCCUGUCCGACGAAACUCAUACGGCCUGGUACAGAACGAAUAUCAAGAUCUUCCAGAAUGUGGAAAGUUAA